UUUUUUAUUUUUAUAAUAAGAUCCUAAAUUUAUAUGUAUUUAUUAAUUCGAACACUCGAUUACAUUGUGGAUGUGGAUAGUCGGUUGUUAGCCAAACCGUAAUAAAAUGACCUAAUCAUACAACAUAUUUCAUUUAUGGAAAAUUAAAAAAAAAAAAAUCAACUAGUCAAGAUUUUUAUUUUUUUACAAUUUAUGAGAAAUCUUUGGAGAGCAUCUUGUGCGUCAACAUUUUAAAUUGUAUAUUAAAUAAUUGAAACUACUAAAUAUUACAUUAUUGUAUGGAAAAUGUUAAGCUGACUCCUUGUGUAUUUUAUAUUUUGAAAGGAAUAACUUCAAUCUAAAUAUUCAAGAGACACUCGUUAACAAGAUCAUUUAUCGAGAGUAAACAUUUAAAGGAUCCUAACUCAUCAUGAAACGUGCUAUAAUGUGGACAGAAUUGGAACUAUGAACUCACCUGUCAACAUUUUCUGCUAGAAGAUGGAAACUGUGAAACCAAAAUCAGCAAUGAACAGCAGGAGUAAGAAAUUUGCAAAGACAUUCCAGAAAGUUAUUAGCCUCAAAAGUGCAACAAAAAUUGCUUCAAACAAUGGAAUUUGCAUGCUCAACUCACAUCUCAAAGUGAAGGAAGAUGAAGAUCCUUUCACAGAUCAUCAUCAGAUGAAAAUUAAUAGCAAGAACCAACACAAGAACAAGGUUAGAAACAAAGCAGUUAUGGAGGCUCUAAUAGCAAGGCUUUUUGCAGGAGUUACAACCAUAAAAGCAUCUUAUGCAGAGCUUCAAAUGGCUCAACAUCCUUACAACAAUGAUUCAAUACAAGCAGCUGAUCAAGCAGUGGUUGAUGAACUAAGAGCCAUCUCAGAAUUGAAAAGAAGGUUCUUGAAAAAAGAGCUUGAUCUUUCACCUCAAGUUACAAUAAUGCUAGCUGAGAUUCAAGAACAACAAAGCAUAAUGAAAACCUAUGAAAUCACCAUCAAGAAGCUUCAAGGAGAAGUUGAUGCAAGAGACUCUCAAAUCUCAACCCUCAGAAAAAAACUUGAUGAGUGCAUUUCAUUCAACAAAUCACUUGAAAAAAAGCUCAACUCAAAUGCUUCUUUGUCACUCUUUGUUAACCUUGAACUUUCAAUGUUGAAUCAUACACACUUUGUUUAUUUUCUUCACCAUACUUUGAGAUCAAUAAGAAAUUUUGUGAAACUUAUGAUUGAAGAAAUGGAAUCAGCAAAUUGGGAUGUUGAAGCAGCUGUUAAAUUCAUCCAUCCAAAUGCAGUUUUCACCAAACCAAGUCAUCGCUGUUUUGCUUUUGAAUCAUUUGUUUGCAUAACAAUGUUUGAAGGCUUCAACUAUCCAAAUUUCAUUGUUUCAAAUGACCCACUUCACAAUAUUCACCAAAAUCACUACUUUGACAAAUUCAAGAGGUUAAAAUCUCUGAAUCCAAAACAGUACUUAGAAAACAAUCCAAAUUCAUCUUUUGCCAAGUUUCUAAAAUCCAAAUACCUUCAAGUUGUACAUGCCAAAAUGGAGUGUUCUUUAUUUGGAAAUUUGAACCAGAGGAAGCUAGUGAAUUCUGGAGGGUAUCCAGAUUCUGCUUUUUUCUUAGCUUUUGCUGAGAUGGCAAAGCGCGUUUGGACACUGCAUUACUUGGCAUUGUCAUUUCAAGAAGAUGUUAGCAUUUUUCAGGUCAAGAAGAAUACUAGGUUCUCUGAGGUUUACAUGGAAAGUGUCACAGAAGAAUCAGUUUCAACUUCAUGUUCAGGGGAUUCUACUGAUUCUAAUUCCGGCGAGUUUCGGGUGGUUUUCACAGUGGUGCCUGGUUUCAACAUUGGUAAGACAGUGAUACAGAGUCAGGUUUAUCUGUCUUUGGUGGAUUCUUCUACAAGUUAGAAAUUAGUGUUUCAUGUUAUUGUACCAUAUAUUAUGAGUAUAUUAUAUACUAAGGGUUAGUUUUGAUUUAAAAACAUUUAUUAAAUGUAAUAAGCAGUCCAUUGUUACUUAACUAUUCAUGUAUAAUUAGGCAUUUUAUUAUUGUUCUGUGUACAUUUGAUCUCAAAAUAGGGAUGCUUCAGGUGCUAAGUGCUAAACAUUUUCUGAA